AUGAGCGCCACAAUUGCGCACCCAUUUGACAUGUCACGAAUUGGACUAACCAAGCGUCGUAAGAUCUAUGCCACCUCGGAAGAGCGCAAGCAGCGCAAUAGGCAAGCCCAGGCCGCGUUUCGCGAGCGACGAACCGAGUACAUCAAGCAGCUGGAGAGUACCAUUAAGCACCAUGAGGAGACGCUGCAGAACCUGCAGAACAGUCAUCGCAACGCUGCCGACGAAUGUCUUAUGCUCCGGUAUAAGAACUCUCUACUAGAGAGAGUCUUGCUAGAGAAAGGCAUUGACGUCCAGGCUGAGCUGCGCGCAAAGACUGGCAGUCCUAAUCUCGGGCCCACAAGGCCUGCGGGUGCUGCACAUGCGUCUCCCAACCAGCCACCACUCCAGCAACGUGCCAUCUUGAAUAGACAGCAGCAGAGGCGAUCGUUGCAGGGACCACCCAAGGUUGAUGGCGCCAAUGGCCUACCUAUGAUACAGCCAGAUGGUCCUAUCCAACGUUCGCCGCUGUCGCAGCCUACUCCAGGCUCUCAUUUGUCUUCGCCUGCUCAGUCAGCAACGCGUUCGCCCAACUUCAUGCCUCAGGGCCACUCAGUGUCGCCUAACUUUGGACCCAUCCCACCUCAGCAGCAGCAGCAGCAGCAGCAGCAGCAAUUGCGACCACAGCCACCUAGAUCCAACUUUAACCAUAUGAUGGCAGGCCCGCAGAGGCCGGUGACAAACCAGGCGCCUGCAAAUGGCAUCCAGGGCGCGUCUUCUGUUGGUCCUGGUGCCAAUGGCAUAACUCAGAGCAGCGGACCCUCUUUCUAUCAGACACAGUACUCGGACCACAUGACUCAACUAGGCAAGCUGACCCCUAUCUUUCCUAGCUUAGAGCAGGAGUAUGAUGAGCAAGCCGAUAACUACGAGCACGACGAACCGAGCGACCAGUCGGCCGGCCCCGGCCCCUUCCCGCACCACAACUUUCCCCCCGCGAACUCCAUGCCCCCUCCGAUGCCACCCGCACAAAAUCCACCAUUCCCAAGCCCAGCCUCGCUGGCACCAAACGAUGGCAACCAGUCUUUCAACAACAUGAACCACCUCUUCGACCCCUACGAUCCAAUGCUGGAUGCAGAUCCGUUCGGGCUGUCUGCUAGCAUGCACUUCCCCACCAUGUACGAGUCGAGAUGAUCGACGCAAGGAUGAAUAUGAUUAAGUUAAGAGGAGGGCACAUUGGACACCCACCUUCGUCGCAAGAGACCUUAGCACCCGAUACGUUUUUAAUGUGUUCUUUAGCGGGCGUCAUAACUGGCUUCGACUUUGUCAGACAGCAUAACGGCGUUCCUCAAAUCACGGCAACCGGUGGCCAUAGACCUGGCACCAUUCUUAAAAGUUCUGUUUCCUUCUGAUGCUGGAGCAUCUUUGUGUUUUUUUUGGCGGAUUUAUAGACUUUUCAGCUGUACAUUCAUAGCAGCAAUCUUGACAAGGAAUGG